GCACGGGCGGCACCGUCCCGCCGCCUUCCUGCGCCCGCCGCGCUCGGCCCCGGCCCCGCUCCGGCCAUGCUGCGCCCGCGGCCUCUCUGCCUCCUCCUCCUCCUCCUGCUGCCGCUGCUGCUGCUGCACGGCUGCCGGGCCGACGCCCCUGCUCCUGCGGCCACCCCGAGCCCGCUCAACAGCACGGAGGCGCCGCGGGGCGCCGCGGGUAACGGGACGCGGCAGGACCCGCUGCUGGUGCCGGCAUCGCGGCGGCCGCCGGCGUCGGGGCUGCUGCCGGGGUCCGGGCUGCCGGUGCUGAAGCGGGCGGUGUACGUGCUGAGCGCCCUCUCCUUGCUGGCCGCUCUCUAUUUCCUCCUGCGGGCGUUCCGCCCUAGGUCGGAGGGACCCAGACCUGAGCGCAAAACUCGUUCCAGGUUGAAGAAGCCGCAGCGGAGGAAGUAUGGACUGCUGAGCAGCUACGAGCAGCAGCUGGAGAUGGCCUCGCUGGACAGCGACGAGGAGACUGUGUUCGAGACCAGGAGCCUGAGGCGGUGAUCUGGGACUUGGCCACACCAACUGCACCAACUGGCCCCGGGGGGUGCAAGUCCUGUGGAGCCUCCUGGCACAGUGCUGAAGUUUUCUUUGCUUGUGACUCUUUAAUGAACAGGACAAAGUGUUCCAUAGCUGGGGCAAGGGAAGAGAGGACCAAACCUGUUUCCUGUUGGUGGGGAGGGAGGUUGGGGGGGGUGGAACUGGGAGCUAAAUGCUGCUGCUCUGGCUGCUAACUGCACGGGGAGAGGCUGAGGAAGUGACUGCCUGGGAUGAAGACUCAGCAGUUGAAGUCUUAACCUCUCUGGACUCAAAAUGCAGUGGGGGCUGCUGGCCCCCAGGUGGUUUUGAGGUGCUCACAUCCCUGUGCCUGCCUGUGGCUGUUGGGAGUGUGGGGCAAGUGGAUUCCUUUGGCUUUCCUUCAUGCCACAUCAAGGUUGCUGCUUUUAGGGUAGGUCUCUGUGGUCAGCUCUGAGCUGGUGGGGUCUGGGGGGGCUCUGUGGUAGGCUGCUGGUGGGCGUGGGUGGAGCUGGGGUGGUUUGGAUAGGGAAUAGCUUUGGGAAUGGGUUCAGCUGGUCCAUUGCCCUCUGGCUGCAGGCUCAGCAGUUAACCAGGUCAUUCCCUGGCUUUACAAAGAUGUGUUCACAGGUGGGAGGGAGCCCAGAGGAGCAUUUCCUCCUGCCAAGGGAGCUCUGGCUCGGGAGGUUGCAGGGCUGCCCAGCUCCAGGGGUGUGCCCACCACUGACAGCUGCCAAGCUGCUGGGUCUUGAGCUGUUGGCUUGGUCUGAGACCACCUGAGGGAGAGGCAGAGAACCUUCACUGCUGGGGUGAUGAGUGACCACCUGGAAAUGGAGAACCCAACCCCUUCAGCCAGCCCUGCCUCAGAAGUCAGCUCAGGUUGGAGACUGCUGGAGUUGGGCUCCAGCUGCUGGUGCUCAAAGCUAUGGCCCAGUGCCAGCCCUGGGAACUGGCAUGUUCCUGUCUUGGUCUUUGGGAGCUCCUUGUCUAGGACCAAAUGUGAACGUGUGAGAAGGUCACUGUUGAGUGGAUCUGCUGCUAAAACAGCUUCCAAAGUGCUCCUCUUGCCCACAGCCCUUCCUCAGAACCACUGAGCAGUGCAGGCCUGGAUCUUGUGGUGCCAAUUCCACCCCAGUCUGGUAGUGCCUUUGUUAGGAGGACCAGGGAAGAACCUGCAGGUCAGGGUGUCCCCUGAGCGACCUUGUCUUGAGAUAAAGGUGGAGAUUGUC